AUGGAUAAUUGGAAUAAUAUUUUAAAAAGAAAUAGAGAAUAUAUCAAAGCUAAGAAUAAAAUAAAGACCCAAGUUGAAAAAAACAAAUUACAACAACUUGGAUUAACAGAAAAUCUACAAACUCUAUUUCAACCAAUAUUAAAAUCUCAAGAGGAUAUUAAAAAGAAAUUAGCUUUAGAACCCACACCUCGUAUAGAACCUCAUCACCCCAAACCGAUUGAAUAUGGUGGUAUUAUAAUUAUGUCCUUAGAUGUUAUAAAUCGUCUUUUUUCAAACCCUGACCCAGUUUUACCAAAAAGCAUUUCACCACUCGUUGAUGAUGAAGGGUUAUUGUUUAAUGGAUUUAGAAUAAGAUUUAGUGGAAAUUCACCAAUAUUCAAAAUCGAUACAAAAGAUUUUAUAUACACAUUAACAAAAGGGUUAAUAGAUUUAAUGACUGGGGAGGAUCCUGUUAAACUAUAUAUAAGAGCAAUUGAACAUGAUGAUGAAUACGAAGUUGACGAAGCGAGUGAUUAUACUGAAGACAAUCCACCAAUCAUACAAGAAAUAGACGAAUUGGAAGAUAUGGUAUCUGGACAAGAUAUAAGGUUUUUAUCCGACAACACCGAGGAACUAUUUAAUAGAUUACAAAUAAUAUUAGCGGCAAUGAAGGAAGGACAUCAAUCACACAGACAAUUUAAUGAAGUGAAUUGUAUACUAAAAAGACUCCUAGAGAAAGGUAUUAUAGAUCAAAAUGAUUAUAAAGGCGUGAUUAAAAUGUCAAAUAAAGAACAACUAUUCGUUAUCACCUCAAAUAAAUCAGACAUUAAAUUCUCUGUUUACAAUUCCAUUAGCAAUAUCAACGAAAAAAAUAAUCAAAUAACAAUAUCAAAAAAAGGAUAG